AUGCUUACCGAAAGUGAAAUGAAUCGUAAUAUUGUUCUUCUUGCUGAUCCAAACAAAAUUACACGACAAAAAGCUCUUCAAAAUCUAUGUAAUGAUCUUAAAUCAUCAUUAUCCAUCAAUGAUAAUAAUGAUCAUUUACAUCCACCAUCCAAUAUAAUCGAAUCUAUGCUUAAAAUAUUUUCUGAUCCAGCUGAAAAAAAUCGUGAUCUUGCAUUAACAUAUAUUUCAAUGUAUGUUACAAAAUAUUGUACGGAUGAAAAUAAUAUUGAUAAAAUUUUAACAUUAUUAAUGCCAGCAUUUGUACAACGACUUGGAACAAAUGAUAUUAUUGAACCAUCUGAAGAAAUACGUUUAAAUUCUAUAUCACUUCUAUCUGAACUUUGUCGAAUAUAUACUAAUGGUAAUAAAUUAGCAUUAUAUUUAAAUGAAUGGAUAACAAUAUUAAAACGAACUAUAAUUGAUCCAUAUCCUGAAGUAAGAAAAUUAAGUUGUGAAUUAACAUCAAAACUUUCAUUUAAAUGUCAUGAAAAAUUUCAUCUUAUGUCAGAAAAUCUUAUUAAACCAAUUAUAGAAACAAUGAAACAUCAACACGCUAAAGUACGUGUUGAAGCAAUAAAUGCACUUGGAAAUGUUAUUCGAUAUGGAAAUAAUAAAUCUAUUGAAGAUAGUAUAUCACCAUUAGCACAACGAUUUUUUGAUCAUACAAGUACUGUACGUCUUGCUGUUAUUAAUGUUGUUGGUAUAUGGAUGCUUGAAUUACGUGAUCGUUAUUCAUAUUUCCAUAUGAUGUUACCACUUUUAUUAACUGGUUAUACAGAUGAAAUAGAAGAAAUUCGUGAAACAACAGAUUCACUUUGGUGGGAUGUUGGAUUAAAAUAUGAGAAAGAAAAUGAAGAAGAUCUUAAAGAUCAAAUUAAUUUUCCAAAUAUUCCAAAAAAAUAUCCACCUACUUUAACACGACCAAAUCUUGGUUGUCGUGAAUUAGUUAAAAGAAAUUUAAUACGAAUUCUUCCUGCUAUUCGUAAUGAUUUAACUGAUUGGGUUGUAGCAGGACGUAUAAAAGCUUCUCAAUUACUUGUUAUUUUAACUUGGCAAGCUGAAGAAACUAUAACUCAACAUUUAGAAGAUACACUUCAAGUUUGUUCAAAAGCACUUGUUGAUGAUGAAUCAAUUGUUCGUGAACAAAUAAAUAAAACAUUAAUUUAUAUUGGCUAUUUUGUACCAAUUAAUAUUUGGUUUAAUUUAAUUCGAUCACAUUUUGAACAAGCAUCAAAUUUAGGUUUACUUUGUUUAAUUGCACCACUUUUAACAGGUGUAACUUGUGACGAAUUAAUACAAGCGGAAAAAAUUUUCGAUCAAUUACUCACAAUUAUUCUUAAAUCAGAAUAUACUGAUAAUUUUCAAGUACCAAUACAAAAUGAACUUUUACGUAUUUGUCGACUUUUAAUUGAAAAAUGUCAACGUCAAUUAGAGUCAUAUGCAUAUCGAAUAUUUAAAUGUAUUUUAAGUCUUUUAUCAAUUGCUGAAAAUGAUGAAUUAAAACAACAAUGUCAACAAACAUUGAAUGAUUUAGCAGUAAAUACAUUUGAAAAUAGUUCUUUAAAUGAAAUGUAUGAAAAAUUUGCUUCACAAUUAUUUGAUGAUCUUAAACAAACAUCAAAUGAUUGGUUAAGAAGUACUCGAGAUCGUUUUAUAUUUGAAACAUUUAUUAUGCAAGCAGGAUCAUCAAAUCGAUGUUUUCUUAAAGAUAUUAUUGAAAUUUUACGUAUGGUAAUGAAACCAGAUCGUGAUCCUGAAGUACGAAAUCAAUGUUUAUUAAUUAUUGCAAAUUUACUUCAAUUUAUUGAUGAUACAGAUACAACAGUAAUAAUUAGUCCAUAUUUAACAAUAUUAAUUGAUGAAUGUAUAUUACCAAAUAUGCAAUGGAAAGCAGGUCGAACAGCAGCUGCUAUUCGAGCAACAGCUAUUGCUACACUUUGGUCAUUAUUUCAAGCUAAAUCGUUCAGUUUCGAACAAUGUGUAUCAUCAAUGAAAGAAAUUCUUCUUGCUGUAGUAGGAAUGUUAGAUGAUGAUGAUCGGUUAACACGAAUGAAUAGUUGUUAUGUAUUACAAGCACUUUUUUCAAAUGAUGAUGCUAUUCAUACAAUUGAUAAUGAUCGUUUACAUAAAGUAUAUCCAGAUUUAUUAAAACGUUUAGAUGAUAUAUCUGAUGAUAUUCGUCUUGCAAUAUGUUCAACAUUAAAUGCUUAUGUACAUGCAUUUCAUGGAAAUUUUAAUAUUGAAUUAUAUCGAUCACAUCUUGAAGAUAUUGCAAAAGUUUUAUUAAUACAUAUGGAUGAUCGAAAUAGUCAAAUUCAAAAUGCUGUUUUUGAUACAAUUGUUCAAUUUGCAACUCAACUUGAUAAUGCAUCUGAAACAUUUAUUAAUGAAAUUCGUAAUGUUAAACAUAAACAUCGUAAUCAAAGUUUAUGUGAUACAUUAAUCGAACGUAUUCAACAGUCAAAAUAA